AUGGAACACGUUAUCGUCGUUGGUGGAGGCCUCGCCGGCCUCUCAGCUGCUCACACUGUCCUAGAGCGUGGUGGACGUGUUAUACUCGUUGACAAGAUGUCAUUUUGUGGUGGUAACUCCACGAAGGCCACUUCCGGUAUCAAUGGGGCCUUGACCGCCACCCAGAGGAAGCAAGGCAUUCCUGACAGCCCGGAACUCUUCGAGAAGGAUUCCCUUAGAGGCGGCGCGGAACGGCCUGAUCUCAUCAAGGUUUUGACCCACGAGAGCGCUGAUGGCGUCGACUGGCUCAUCGACAGAUUUGGCCUUGACUUGUCAUUGCUAUCAAGACUCGGCGGCCACUCUAUGGAGCGUACCCAUCGUGGGAAGGCUCGUUUCCCUGGUAUGACCAUUACUUAUGCUCUUAUGGAGAAGCUGGAGGAAAUCUGCGAGAAAGAACCGAAUCGCGCUAAGAUGAUCCUGAAGGCCAAGGUUGAUAAGCUGCUGACUGAUACCUCUGGUGAAGUGAUUGGUUGUGAGUACGUGAAAGAUGGCAAGCCCCAGCAGCUGUUCGGAGCCGUCGUAUUGGCUACUGGUGGCUUUGGCGCUGACUUCACUGAGGGUUCUCUCUUGAAGCAACAUAGACCAGACCUUGCCCAUCUGCCGACUACUAAUGGGGAGCAUACUACUGGUGAUGGUAUCAAGAUGGCUCAAGCUAUUGGAGGUCAAACAGUUGAUCUUGAAUGGGUUCAGGUGCAUCCAACAGGUUUAGUCCAUCCUGACGAGCCGGAUAAUAAGGUGAAGUUCUUGGCAGCAGAGGCACUCCGUGGUGUUGGUGGUCUCCUCGUUGAUGCUGAUGGUAGACGUUUCUGCAACGAGCUAGGCCGCAGGGACUAUGUCACCGGUGAGAUGUGGAAGAACAAAGGGCCAUUCCGUCUUCUGCUGAACUCCAAAGCUUCGAAGGAGAUCGAGUGGCACUGCAAGCAUUACAAAGGCAGAGGUCUUAUGAAAUUCUACAAGUCGGGCCGCGAUCUUUGUGCCGACACUGGUAUCGAUCCCAAGGUGCUGGAGGACAGUUUCAGGGUUAAUAACGAAUGUGCAGUGAAAAUGGCGCAGGAUCCUGAGGGUGGCAGCUACCCAGCUUAUCCUAGCGGUAAGAGCUACGAUAAAUGGGGUAAGAAGUUCUAUCACAAUACCCCUACUGAUAUCGACGACUCUUUCCACGUCGCCAUCGUGACGCCUGUUAUCCACUAUUGUAUGGGCGGCUUGAAGGUCGACACUGAUGCCCGCGUCCUCAGACAGGACAAGCCUAUCGAGGGCCUCUUCGGAGCUGGUGAGGUCAAUGGUGGCAUCCACGGCAAGAACCGUCUUGGUGGCAGUUCCCUGCUGGACUGUGUAGUCUUCGGUCGCGUGGCAGGUAGAUCGGCUAGUCGCCACAUGCAAGCGUUGAAUGUUAGAGUGAUCGCUGAUAAGGGCCUAGCUAGAUCCAAGUUGUAA